GGUUUAGUAGUAGCGACGGAAGACCAGGAGCUGAGAAGGUCCUCCUGUACACUACAGAAUAAUAAUAAAAAAGAUUUUUUUGUCUUUUUUUUUUUUUUUUUUUUUUUACAAUUCUUGCAUCGAUUUUUGGAUUCUUGACUGAACAGCCUGUUGAUUUGGAUUUACUUCACAAUUUUUGUAUUUCAACAAAAAAAUAAAAACAAAAACUAAAUCAUGGGAUCACAGGCGUCUAAAGGAGGAGUGACCGCUGAGGGCAAAGCCGCCGGUGCUGCAUCACCGGACGCCGCCGGGGCGAAGACUAACGGACAGGAGAACGGGCACGUCAAGACGAACGGCGACGUCAAAGCCGAAGGCGACUCCGGAGCCACCACUAACGGCUCAGCCGAAGCCGCAAAGGAGCCCGAAGCCGGGGCGGGAGACGCCAUCGAACCGGCGCCUGCCACCGAGGGCGAAGGCGCCAAACCCGAGGGCGAGGCGGCCAAGGAGACCCCUAAGAAGAAGAAGAAGAAGUUCUCGCUGAAGAAUUCGUUCAAGUUCAAGGGGCUGUCGCUGAAAAAGAGCAAGAAGCCAAGCACCGAGGUGAAGGAGGAGGCUGUGAAGGAGGAAGAGAAGAAAGAGGAGAAGCCAGCUGAAAACGGAGCCACCGAGGAGAAAAAGGAGGAAGAGGACAAGCCGGAGGAGAGCGACGCCGCUGCUGGUGCAAGUGCCGAGACCCCCAAGGCCGAGGAGGCUCCUCCUAAAACCGAGGAGGUUGCUGCCCCCAAGGAAGAGGCCGCCACCCCUUCAGCUGAGCCCACAAAACCAACAGAGGAGACCAACUCGACACCUGCAGCAUCCGAACAGAAGGAGUGAUUGUACGCCGUAAGGAACUGUUGUGAACUGUUUUUCAAGAAAAAAAAAUCUAUAUAUAUAUUUAUAUAUAUAUGUGUAUAUGUAUACAUAUGUAUAUAUACAUGGAUAUAUGUAUAUGUAUAUAUACACAUGUAUGUGAGAAAAAAAGAGAGACUCCUCGUGCCACUUUCUUCAAGAUUAAUGAGAAACGACAGACUAGAAUCACUAGUUCACUUCCCUAUUAAUGGCUCAAAGAUCCGGGACUCUUGAAUUUAGGCCGCAAUCGAUCGGAGACGUCGACGCCGAGAAAAUGAAACGAAGAGGGGGCAUCUUUCAAUCCCAUCAUCACCAGAGAUGCUAAUAAUAUAAAAAAAAAUCAAGUGCAAGAUGAACAUCACCACAUAAUGACUGUUAAAAAAAAAAAAACGGAAAUGAAAAACAAAAAAAAUUGAAAAGACUCGCCAACUUUCUACAUUCCUAUAUUUUAACCCAAAUUUAAGUAUUUUGUGGUGUAUAGAGAACCAUUUUAAAUAUUCAAAAGGCUUUGUCUUGUUUGUUUGAAAUUGCAUUUUAAUUUCCAUCUUGGCUAAAAAAAAAAACACACACACGCACACACACCUACACACAGUUGAGCUUGCUAUGUUCACAUUUAAAGUAAAAAAAAAAACCAAGCAAAGAUGUUAUGUGUUCAAUGUGAGCCUUGAUCUGCUUUUUUUUGUCUCUGUAAAUAAAUUUGACCAAUUUUGUUUCUUUAUUUUGCUAAUGUUCAAAAGAUGUUACUGGUUUUAUUGUAAAGUUGAUAAUGGUAAAAAUAAAUGUUGGUUACCUAAUGAA